CGAGCUUUUCCACUCGCCUGACAGUUUAGUAGAACCUGGCGACCUGGAAAGCUAUUUUAAACAUAUGGAAAACCUUGUCUCGGAUGCUUUAAAUGACCCGGACAAUGACGAAGACUUAAAACGUAGUAUCGGUGAUAGCCAUAACAAAAUUGUUAAGUUAAAAGAAAGCGAAAUGACACUGACAUUAUUUGAAGACGCACAAAAAGCGAUGAGAAUUAAAAGGACAGCUAUAUACUACGACUUUGAACAGUAUCUUUGUGACAAUGAUCUAGAGCAACUGAAAACAAUAUUAAAAUUUGCAGAACAAGUCACGACGAUUACGGAUAGCCAACAGGAUAUCAAAGCAAAUGAUGUAGAUUUUCAAAAAUUAGAAGAACGGUUAAAAGAAAAAUCCAAAGUAUUGCAAGAGGACAUUGCUAACAUCAAUACUAAAUUUCGUUAUUCAGAAGACAGGGUAAACGUUUUUAAAACACAAAAUAUAGAAAAGCAAGAAGAAAUUACUAGCAACAAUGCCAAAAUUCGGAUUUUAGAAGAUAAACUGCAUAACGAAAUUGCAAACAAAAAUGACACAAUUUCGGAUUUAAAAGAAAGGAUUAAUGACAGAACAAAUAUAAAUGGUAUACUGCAAAAAGAACUUGCCAACAACAAAGAAGUAAUUCGGGUUUUAGAAGAUAAAUUGAACAUAAAAGAAGAACAAAUUAAUGGACUGCAAGAAGAAAUUUUAAAAAACAAAGACACAAUUACCAACAUUUUGCAGCUAAAAAAGAACAGGGAAAUUGAUAGUUUGAAAUUAAAAAUAUUUGCUACAGCGUGUCUAGCUGCUGUAAUAUCAGUGGUUUAUUUAGGUUUAAGAAAAAGCUAAAAUAUUUAUUUAAAUAGAAACGAACGAACCCAGUUCUGUAACAAUUUUCAAGAAUUUAAACAUAGUAACUUAGUUAAAACAUUUACUUUUUGAGUCUUUUAUUGAGUCUAGUGUAGAAUACUGUUGCUUGCUAUAGCGACUAAACUUACUGUUGAAUAAGCUUUUC